AUGGCAGGCAGGUGGGGGGUGACCGUCACUGCGCCAGUCUUGGAAGCUCUUGACAGUGUCUUGGCCGCUCGCUCCCUGUGGCAAGGAACACCUGUCCUCAGGAGACUACACCCUCGGGAGUCGGGUGUGUGCUGGGUGAGGCAGUGACUAUAAGCUCCAAGUGACCAACAGUGACUGCCUGCUACCUCCAUUGACCAGCAGUGAUUGCCUGUAACCUUCAGGGAACUGCGGUGACUGUGAAUUGACCAACAGUCUAAACCGGAUCAGCCUUAAUCAUCAUGGCUGAGGAAGAUGGAUUUCCCGUUAUGAAGAAUGACAGGUUGUUGCGGGCUGCCCGGGGAGAAGAUGUAGACGUGGUUCCUGUGUGGGCAAUGAGGCAAGCUGGACGAUACCUACCUGAAUUUCGAGAAGAACGUGCAAAAUGUGAUUUCUUCACAAUGUGUCAGACACCUGAAUUGUCAUGCAAGGUGACUCUUCAGCCUCUGAAUAGAUUUCCCUUGGAUGCUGCUAUUAUUUUCUCCGAUAUUCUAGUGAUCCCACAAGCACUCGGAAUGGAAGUAGAAAUGCGAGCUGGUGAGGGUCCUGUCUUCCCAUCUCCUCUCCGUGGCCCGGAAGAUCUGGCCAAGCUUGCAUCACCAGCAGAUGUGUGUUCCAAGCUUCAGUAUGUGUUUGAUGCCCUCACUCUUACACGUAAGAAGCUUGAGGGAAAAGCUCCCCUUAUUGGCUUUAGUGGUGCUCCGGUAAGUGUUUUAUGGAUUGACAACUCCAAAAUGCUGCGUCAACACAGGAAGGAAGUAUAUCUCUCCCAGGCCAAAAUUAUUGCAGAGUUGGACAAGAAAGUGUUGCUUAGUAAUGAGAAGAAACAUUUAUCAUUCAUUGAUCAUGAACUUCAGCCCUCAAGUGGGAAUUCUGACUUGGAAAAGGACAGUAUCAAUGAUGAACUACCUGUACUCAGUUGCAGCAUGGGUGGCUGCGUGGGUGGAGCCACACCACACGCUCCCGACAUUGAAUUGGAGGAAGUGACUAGGAAACUGAACAGGAAGAUGUACCACUUGAAAAUCAAUUCAUCUCGGGAUAUAGUGGAAUCUGAGGCACCGGGUGACUCGGCAGUUAUUCGAGCAUAUGUAUCAUUAUUAAACUGUAGAAAGACGUGGGAAGUUGACUUCGAGAAAGUAGCAUGCACCAGCCUUGGUCUCUGUGGCAGUACUGAGGCUCUCUCUGCCAGGAGGGAUGCAAACAAUUUUAUUACAAGUUGGUGUCUGUUUACUGGAGUCGUGAGGAACAGGAUGCGAGUCCAAUGUACCCACGCGAGUUUUGAAUCUUACUACUGUAUGUACUGUACUAACAAACAUCACAUGUUGGGCAGCACACCCACUUUCCCCAUGAUAUCACGGGUUGCACAGUACAAUGCAAAACUUAAUAAUUUAUAUAGUUUCAUGUCUAUUUCAAAAUGCAUGAGUUAUGUUCAUACUUUCACUAUACUUAAUUGCAACUUUAUCUUUCAGUUGCUACAGGUGUUCGAGUCCCAUGCAGAGCAUCUAGGACCAAAUUUAUUCCAAGAGUUUUCCUUGCCAUAUUUGAAACAAAUAUGUGAUGAGGUUAAGGAGCGUGUCUUGAAGCUUGGCUUGAAAGAUAUUCCUAUGACAGUGUUUCCCAAGGGUGGCCACUAUGCACUCAAGGACCUUGCUGCUCUGAAGUACGAGGUCAUUGGCAUUGAUUGGACGGUGGAUCCUGUCUUAGCGCGGAAAAUUGUGGGCCCAAAUAAAACACUUCAAGGAAACUUGGAUCCAUGUGCUCUUUAUGCAGAUAAGAAACACAUUGAUACAGCCGUGAAAGAAAUGGUGGAGAAGUUUGGAAGGGAGCGCUACAUUGCUAACCUAGGCCAUGGGAUGUAUCCUGAUAUGGAUCCAGAACACUUGGCUGCAUUUGUUGAAGCUGUUCAUAAAUACUCAAAGAAAUGAUCAAAGCUAUGUGCCUAACAUUGUACAUUGUUGUAAAUCAUUACAAGAUUAGCAGUGAUAUUAAGACGUAAGUAAAAAGAAGUAGUUGCUAGGGAAACAAAUGUCUGAACCCCACAGACUGGCUGCUUGACCUGGGAUGUUGGUGCUCUGAAACCUAGUUUAUUAGGUACUAUUUUGAAGGUGUUAAUAACUUUCCCUCUUGUGCACAGUUAGAAGUCUUGACAAUUUCCCUUAGGUGGUGAAAAAGACUUGAAACAUUGUUUAGUGUUGUUGAUAUUAAAUAAGGAUUCUUUCACACAUUUUAGCUGCUCUGUGUGAUAUUGUGUGUUCAAACAAGCUUUAAACCAGUACCAAGUCUUAAGGGAUUUUAAGUAUUUCCAACCAAAUGCACAAGGUUUUUCAACUUUCUGUAAAUUUGUCAAAAUACUGUACUUCCUUUGUAAAUGGCACACUACAAAGUCUUCCUAGAAGAUAUCUUAUAGUGAGCAUUUUUUACACCUGUAUAUGCCAAGAACACACGGCUUAUGUACUUCAUUAUGUCAUUCCAUUCUAACUAGGCGUGUUUUUAUCAAAUUUCCUAGGGCAAUUUUUUUUAACUCGGUGAAACAAUGAAUAGUUCUAUUUACUCUUUAAUAAAAUUGAAAAAUCA